AUGCCUGGGAAAAUCAGAACUGCCGUGAAGGUCGACCUUGACAAGCCGGCGAAAGACCAGCCUUGUCUCCAUAAUAGAUGGCACCCUGACGUCCCCUUUUGCGGCACAAUCAAGAACGGAGAGACCGUCAAGAUCGAAUGCUUAGAUUGGACGGGCGGACAGAUCAAGAACAACGACAGUGCAGAUGAUGUGAAAAAUGUCGACUUGACCCAAAUCCACUAUCUCUCCGGGCCCUUCGAAAUCGAAACUGCGGAGCCUGGCGACGUACUGCUCGUCGAGAUCCAAGACGUCCAACCAUUCCAAGACCACCCAUGGGGUUUCACAGGCGUCUUCCACAAGGAUAACGGCGGCGGGUUUCUAGAUGAGAUAUAUCCAGAGGCAGCGAAAGCCAUCUGGGACUUCGAAGGCAUCUUUUGCUCCUCGCGCCACAUCCCAGGUGUCCGCUUCGCCGGCCUCAUUCACCCAGGAAUUCUCGGCUGUGCACCAUCUCAUGAGAUCCUCGCCGAGUGGAACAGGCGGGAAGCCGAGCUCAUCUCGACAACCUCGCUAUCCCGCAUCGUCGCUCAACCACCUCAACCGCAGAACGUGCAUGCGGGAUCUGCCGACGACGCGACCAAGGAACGCAUCGGCAAGGAAGGCGCCAGGACGAUUCCAGGCCGUCCCGAGCACGGCGGCAAUUGCGACAUCAAGAAUCUCUCGCGCGGCAGCAAGGUCUAUUUGCCCGUGCACGUCAAGGGCGCCAAAUUCUCCGUGGGAGACUUGCAUUUCUCGCAGGGCGAUGGCGAGAUCUCCUUCUGCGGUGCCAUCGAGAUCGCCGGCGAAAUCACCAUCAAGUUCGAAGUCAUCAAGGACGGCCAGAAGAAGCUCGGCAUGGUCGGCGGCAAGUCGCCAAUCUAUAUACCCGGCCCGGUGCAGCCGCAAUUCAGCCCCGGACGCAUGAUUUACUUCGAAGGGUUCAGUGUCGACGAGAACGGCAAGCAGCACUAUCUGGACACUACUGUUGCGUAUCGCCAGUCUUGCUUGCGCGUCAUCGAGUAUCUCAAACGCUUUGGGUACGAUGAUUACCAGAUUUAUCUGAUGCUGAGCUGCAUCCCGAUUGAAGGACAUGUUGCGGGUAUCGUUGAUAUUCCCAAUGCAUGCACGACGAUUGGCUUGCCCAUGGAUAUCUUCUCGUUCGAUAUCUCGCCAUCAGCAGAACCGAAGAAGCUAGAUUUGGGCUCGUGCGCUAUGGCCAGCAGCUGA